AUGGAGCCUGGAGGUCACCUCCCGCGGGCGGCGGUCACCGUCUUGGCCUCUUACAACCAACUGCGCCGAGGGAUCCAGGAGCUGUUGACGGAGAACGAGGAGCUGAUGCGGAUGGUGGGACUGUUGAUGGAGCAGCAGAACGCUCAAGCGCUGCUCAACUCCUCCAACCGGAGACCUCUCUCCUUCCACGUCCCAGCUGUGAGUCCGGAUUCCACUGUGGCGUCUCUGGAGCGCAGUUCCCGCGUUGGGGACCCUUCGGUGGGACAGAUGACAUCGGGGACGGUGACGGGCGGCACCGACAUCAGCUCAGGACUUCUGCUCCCGCCCGGACAGCGAACGUUCCCGAGGACCUCUCCGGUCAUUCCCGACCUCCGUCGCCUCUCGUGUCCCAUCAACCGCUUCUCCUCCGUUGGUCCCCGUCGUUCUCCGGAGGUUUCCACCACAGCGGAGCUGAGCACGGGGACACUGCCGCCCUCGGACCUUCCCCGAUCCGAUGCCGAAUCCAUCCCAUCACCUUCUGCCCCACCCAACGCCGGCGGCGCUGAGGCCACCGACGGACGGACGGCGCCGCGAGACGCUCACCGCAUGGCCACCGCCUGGGAGCCCAUCAUGGCCUCCACGCCCACAGAUCUUCCCUGGUCCCACCACCCCUUCUGGGAGCAGCUCGUUGGGGAGAUCGCUUACCAACUCGACCGACGCAUCCUCACCACCGUCUUCCCCCACCGCACCCACUUCUACGGCUUCACCGUCUCCAACCUCCCCGAGAAGAUCAUCACGACGGCGUUGGAGGCGGUGCCGGACGGCUUCGACGAACGGCGUUGCGCGGCGGCGGCGCGACGUUACGUUGCGUUGAUGGAACGUCUCCGGACGUUGGGGUACAGUCCCACCACCCAUUCGGCUUUCACCGAAUCUUUGGUCAACGCUUAUGGGGUCCUUCCUCAAUCGGAUCUUCUGGAGAUCAACCAAAACGGUGACCUCUUGAGGCGGGUGGUGAAGGAAACGGUACCGGCGGCCGCCAGAGCCGACGCGUUGGUCGUCCUCAAUUGUCUCCAGGAGUUGGCGAGGGAGGAUGGACAACCUUUGUUCCGGUGGUGA